UACUACAUCUUCAAUGAAACCACACGGAUUCACACCACUUCAUCAGCUAAUACCACAACGCCUCCUACUACCAACAUUCACACAACCUUGCACGUCCCUACCACGACUGUCCCAGGACCCAUAUCCGGAACGUGGUACGUCAACCAGUCAGGAGAACCCUGUCUCAUCCUACAAGCCGCCAUCACCGUCAACAUCACGUACUCCACAUCCCCAUCCACCGCCUCAUCCGUCCUGGUCAGUCUGCCCCAGUCUGCCUGGUCAAGUGGCUCCUGUGGACCGAACACUUCUCACAUAACACUUGGACUACACAGUGGUCACUUCAACUUGACUUUUACCUUCGACGCCAACGUAACCUUCAAUGGUCUGGAAAACGCGUUCAUGUUGUCUCAAGUCAACCUCGGGUACGUGUUGGACAAGAACAUGUUUCCCGACUCUGCCGCCGACAAGCCCGUCCUUGUUCAGUACUCUAACUUUUCCAACGCGCAUCUUUCGGCCUCGAUGGGCUCGUCCUUAAAAUGCGACGCAGAACAAUCCUUCAGCCUUGACCGUAAUCACGUGCUAAGCAUUAGCCAUGUCCAAGUUCAGCCGUUUUCUGUGCAGGACGGAAAGUUCAGCAAAGCAGAGACAUGUCCGGAGGAUGGCGACAAGGGUUCGCACUACAACUUGGGCGUGGCGGUCGCUCUUUGUGUGACAAUCCCGGUCAUCUUCAUGGCCGUCUUUAUCGGGUGGCAUUACUUCUGCGUCAUGAGAAAAAGAGGAGGGGGAAAAGCUUACAGCGCACUGAUAUAGUAG